UUGACUGUUACACACUUAUGGUUUGUUUUAAAAGAAAAGUUUGUAUUUUCUCGGCUUUGUAUACAUUCAGACGUUUGUCUUAUGAUAGGCAGUGAUAUAAGUAUUACAAAUAAAGAAAAUAACUUAACGUAACUAUAGAUUUCGUAUCAACAACAACACUAUGACUACCGAAGCUGUUUAUCGGUAUAUGAAGCUGAAAAACAGACCAUUCAGUGCCAAUGAUGUGGCCAAUGCUCUGGAAAAAGAACACAACAAAAGUGCCACACAGAAAGCUCUUGAAAAACUAGCUGAUCAUGAAAAAAUUUUUGUCAAAAUUAAUGGUAAACAAAAAGUUUACUGUGCAAAACAAGAUACAAAACAAAACCUGGAGGAGUUGAAGAUGAUUGAAAGAGAGUUGGAGUCACAUGCAAGCGAGCAAAAUAGGAAAUUACAAGAGUUAGAAAAAGAGGUAAAGGCUCAAGAAUCUGCUCUUAAUUCUCUCAAGUGUGGCAUGAGUUUGGAAGAAGCUGUGAGAGAAAGGAAUCGCCUGAAGGAGUCCAAUGCAAAAUUUACUGCUAAGCUUGAUGAAUUGAUGGAAAGUUCAGGGAAGCAAGAUUUAAGUGGUGCCAAGAAAAAAGCCGAGAAGGAUCUUAAGUUUUACAGUCAAGAGUACUCGAAAAGAAAACGCAUGUGCAACGAGAUAUUGGAAUGUAUAAUGGAAAGUUAUCCUGGAAGUAAAAACCAACUGUACCAAGAUAUUGGAAUUACUUCGGUUUGAAAUCAAACCUACAUCCAAUCAAUAAUCUCAUGUUCAUUAGUUGUAUUAUUGUAAUGUUUGUAACUUUCAAAUGGUACUUAUGUUUCAAUCAUUACAACUUAAAUAUAUUUUAUACAAAGAUUGCGAAUCGAGCUACCGAAAAUAUUUGUCUAACU